CCUAUGCAAAUAUAUAUUAAAAUUAUUCUGACAGCUUCUGUGAACCUAAACACUAUUAAUGACAUUUUUUUUUCUUCAAACUGGUAUUCCCACGUUUUAUCCCAUCAUACUAUACAAAUACCUCAUUCUAUAUUCCCGAAUAUUUUAAAAUUCGGCGCAAAUUCUUUAUACUACACCAUAGUACCGUUCUAAAAAUAACUGGGUUACCUUGAACUGUGUCGCUGUCAAAAGCGUAUACGUGGCUGCUGCCACAUCAUUCGGAUAAUCGUCACCUGUGAAAUGUCAUUCUAUCUGAGUUGUAGACAUAGACUCCACUACUACUAAAAUUAGUAACAAUAUAAAACAAAAUAAAGAUAAGAAUAAAAUGUGUUCAUCCUUUAUUGGUGAUCAUUUUAUCUUGUGGUAUCUUUAUGACUCAAUACCAAAACACGAGACGGGUUAAAUUGGCAACACUGCGAUUCAUAACAAACGCAAUACAAAGCGCUUCAUAUUAGCUGUUUCCCGCCUACAGCGUCUCGGUAUAGUGCUAGUAGCACUCCAGUCUUUCUACUCUAUGCUUUAUCGUUUCCGAUAUCCGUUAUUCUUACUAUAUAAACAAGGCAUUUAAAUUGUUACCGCAUAUUUGUGUUACCGGUGCGCAAGAACAGUAAGCAUGGCAGUGUUUUUAAGUAUAUUGGCGUGUAUACUUCUCGUAAAUACCAAUGAAGCGGCUCGAAUAUUAGGAGUGUUUCCGACGCCUUCAAUCAGUCACCAGGUUGUGUUCCGACCUCUUAUUCAGGAGCUGGUAAGGAGAGGUCACAAUAUCACUGUUAUCACAACAGAUCCUGCCUUUCCUAAGGGAAAAGCACCUGCUAAUUUAAAAGAAAUUGACGUCCAUGAUAUAUCAUACAAUUUAUGGAGAAAAAAACUAGUGUCACGGAAAAAUAAUAACGAUGAUAUUUUGACUCAACAUUCAAUAUUAUUAGAUUUGUUUGUGUCCAUGGUAGAUGCUCAACUGAAAGAUGAAAAUGUGAAAAGAAUAAUUCAUGACAAAGAGCAACAGUUUGAUUUACUUAUCCUUGAAGCUUGUGUCCGGCCAGCCUUGGGAUAUUCCCAUAGAUUUAAAGCGCCUGUGAUAUUAAUGAGUUCUUUAGGUGGCUUGCCUUAUAAUUUCGAAACUAUAGGCAUACCAGUUCAUCCUAUACACUACCCAUCAAUUCCUCGUCGUCGUAUCAACAAUGUGAGUUUGUUGGAAAAAAUAAGUGAACUAUAUGUGUACUACAAGAACGAGCUUUUAGUAAGAGGCUACAGAUCUAUAGAGCACGAAAUGCUGAAGAAACACUUUGGACCAGACACACCACCAAUAACGGAGUUAAAUAAAAAUGCUGAUAUGCUUUUUCUGAAUAUAAAUCCAGUAUUUGAAGGUAUUCGACCUGUGCCACCAAAUAUAAUUUAUAUGGGAGGUCUACAUCAAAACCCAAGCAAGGAUUUACCUGUGGAUCUAAAAUCAUAUUUGGAUUCUUCAAAAAAUGGAGUCAUCUACAUAAGUUUUGGUACGAACGUCGAUACUAACUCACUCCCAGCUGAUAAAAUCCAAGUAUUAGUGAAAACAGUGUCUCAGUUACCUUACGAUGUGCUGUGGAAGUGGAAGGGAGACGAGCUGCCUGGACGUACUGACAACAUCAGAAUCUCAAAGUGGUUCCCACAGUCAGAUCUACUCAGGCAUCCCAAAAUCAAAGCAUUUGUGACGCAAGGAGGUCUGCAAUCAACAGAUGAAGCCAUAACUGCUGGUGUUCCAUUAGUGGUUAUGCCAUUGUUAAGUGAUCAGUUUUUCAAUGCUGAAAGAUAUGAAACUCACAAGAUCGGCAUCAGAGUUGAUUUGGCAACUGUUACUGAAGAUCAAUUCAAAGGCGCUUUACUCAAUGUCAUUGAGGAUGAUAGUUACCGGGAAAAUAUAGCAAAACUGCGGACCCUAAUGCUCGACAUGGUGCAGACUCCGCUGGAACGCGCCGUGUGGUGGACGGAGUACGUGUUGCGGCACGGCGGCGCCAAGCAUCUGAAAUCACCCACCGCCAAUAUGACAUGGGCGGAGUAUAUAGAACUAGACUUGGUGCUCACCGGACUUGCUGGAUUAUCAGUAGUAAUGAUUGUAUUCAUUAUUUUCUUGCGAAAACUUCACAAAUACGUCAGAUGCAAGAUUGUGGCCGCGAGUAAAUUAAAACGGAAUUAGUAAUCCCAAGUAAUGAAAGAUUAAUGCUGAAAAAGCUUAUCUCCAGUUUAUCCUUAUUUAUGAUAUACACCGUGAUUUUUUAGUUGUCUUACAAAAGCAGCCCAGUUCAUGUAUCCAAUGACUGUGAAUUAA